CAGCCAGAGCAGUGUGAGGCCAGAAAGAGAAGUGGGAGCGGAGAGAUAAAACUGAGCUACCAAGGCAGGACAUCUUCGUCAAAGGAAGGAAAGAGCGGAGCAGGAAAGGAGGAAAAGAAAGGGUUGAAAUAGAGGAGUGACCGUUCCACAGAGUUCAGUUUCACACAGAGGCAGCGGAGAUCCCACAGGUGGACAUGAAAACUAGAUGAAUAAAACGUAAAAUAAAAAUUAUUGACUAAAUCAUCUCAGCCAGUGGGGAAAGGAAAUUAUAUAACAAGUAAAGGAAAUUUUUCCGCAGGAGGAAAGGUGGUGUUGGAGAGAACGGACAACCUACCGUAUUACUCUAAUCUGAAAACUAGACUCCCAUACCUGAAAGACUGAUGAACGGCAGGAUGAGUCUUUCCCGUAAUGGUACAUUGGAGAAACGCGCGUCCUUGUUGACCGCCACGGACCGAGGGGAGCUCGAAUCACCUCACCCGCGCCUCCAUCACACCGGCUCCAUCUCCUCGAGUACUCCAGCGAACGCGUCCAGCUCAGGUGUGGUGGUUCCUCCUCCGUACUCGAUAGCAGGCAGUGCGGUGAACGACUCUCCCCUGGAGCUGAGGGGCUCUCUGGACUGUUGGGCCUGUUCUGUUCUGGUUACAGCACAGAAUCUGAUCAUCGCCGCGCUCAAUGUGGGUCUGGCUGCGUUUAUCUUCGGCCUCAUCCUCAUGCCUUCGCUCGUCAUGGUUGUUUUUGGCUUCCUCUGCCAUUCAACGGUUCAGCGCCACGGUACUUCCGUCUACUGUUCAGAUCUCUUGGAUGAUGGAGGUUGUGUGGCUUUACUGGUGGUGGGGUUCCUGCUCCUGGCUCCGCUCCUGGUUCUGGCUCUGGCCGCUUACUGCAGGAUGGCACGCCACCUCCAGCUUGGUCUGUGCUUCAUUCCCUACAGCCGUGCCAUCUACAAGAACCUGCCUGCAUCACGUCAUCGAGGCCUGGGGGGGAUGCUGUGGCCAGCAGGGGGCAGGAGAGAGCGAGGGAAAGGGUAGUGUGUGGGUUUGAACAGUUUAAAAAACCUAAAAAAAAGUUUAAUGUGAAUAGCCAUAGUAAUAGGUCACAUACAAAGAACCAAACAGUGCCAUGUUUUCAGCAGUUUUGUUAAACUGAAUUUUUACAAAUUGUGCUUUUAAUCAAUGUCAGACAGUGUCAGCCAUGCUUUUGCAGUGGUGUUUUUUUCAGUCCUUUUGAACUGGAUCAACUAAUCAGCCUUAGGGUAGCACAAUAUUUCAUUUUUGAUAAGGUUGUGAGGGAUAGAAGUACACUGUGUUUAAUGGAUUCUACUGUUGUUUAACAACAUAAUGAUUUUUCAGCUGGCAAAACACCUUUUUUUGGUUGACAAAAGUUUUGAAACUUGUAAGCUGUGAAAA